UCUUGCACUUUACAUCGAUCACCAACCAAGACUUUUUCCAAAUAUGGCAGUCAACGUUGAAGGUGUCCCUAGCAACAUUGCCGAGUUCAUCAAGAACUUCUACGCAAUAAGCGAUAAAAGUGAAACGACACCAGAAGAAUACGCCGAUAGUCUAGUUUACGAUCAAAAUACAAUCUUUCAAAUCGGUCCAAUGCAAGUAGCCAAAGAUCGUGAAUCAGUUCAACAAUGGAGAUCGAAAGCAUUUGAUGUUGUUCAAUCAAGAAAGCAUACGAUUUAUGCUGUUUAUUGUAAUGCUGGCAAACAUGCCAUCGAUGCUUCUUCUCCCGAAUGUAUGCUAAGAGGAAGAGUGGAUUAUACAUUGAAAGACGGAAAGAAGUCAGGUGCCGAUUGGGGUGGUCAUAUGGUCUUUGAGCCUUCUACUUUGAAAGAAGGUGCAAAGCCAAAGAUGCAUCAAUAUUCUGUCUGGAUUACACCUGACCAAACACCAAAAGCAUGAUCAAAGAUGCGUUUGGAGGACGUUAAUUGAUGGCAUACAAGUUUGACAAAGUAGACAGUGAAAUAUUCAGUGAAUACUAGCUUGACCAUUGUACGAUGUCAUAAUAGCCU